AUGAGCGCUCUGAGGGGUCUGCGCACGCUGCAGUGCGGUAUCGCCUCGUCUUCGCGCGCGUUCUCGACGACCGCGCCGACUUUCUCGCACAUCGGCUCCAUGCCGGUCCCGAUUCCCGACAAGGUCACCAUCACCUACCCGGAACUUUCGAUUCCCCCCUCGACACCCCGCCAUGCGGCCACCGCGCAGCGCUUCGUUGAGGUCAAGGGACCCCUCGGAACUCUUGUCGUCCCCAUUGACCCCUCCAUCAUCCUCCAGCCCACCGACAACGGCCAGCUUACCCUCAACGUCCACGACGCGAAGGAGAAGAAGCAGCGUUCCAUGUGGGGUCUGACCCGUGCCCUCGUUAAGAACGCCGUCACCGGUGUCUCCGAGGGAUACACCACUGAGCUGAGGCUCGUUGGUGUUGGUUACCGUGCCACCGUCGAGCCGAUCCCCGAGGUUUUCCGUGAACUGCUGGCCAGCGUUCCCCGCGUCGCGCGACCGGCCAAGCCUGGAGCCCCUCCCUACACUCUUCCCCCUAUCCCUACUGAGCGCAUCAACCUCAAGCUCGGCUACUCGCACCCCGUUCUCGUCAACAUCCCGGAGGGAAUCAAGGUCUCAGUCCCCCAGCCGACCAAGAUCGUUCUGACUGGUACGGACAACCAGAAGCUCGGUCUCUUCGCGGCCAAGAUUCGCAGGUGGCGUAAGCCUGAGCCGUACCGUGGAAAGGGUAUUUUCAUCAAUGACGAGACUAUCAAGCUCAAGGAGAUUAAGAAGAAGUAG